AUGUGGCCAUUUUGCUUUGGGGCCUUCCAAACCAUGUCCGGCCUACUGCUUCGUGUCAGCAAGAACUCUGCCAACUUCGUGGUCAAGCUCAGCAGCGGAAGGCUGCAAUGGACAACGCAAGUCGAUGUGUCGGCGGCGCCAGCUGAGAAGCCCAGAUGCGCGCGAGAAUUCGCAGGGAUCGCUUGCAACAUCCGCGUCUUCCAAAAUGAAAGCUAUGAUGGCCUUUGCCCUCUGCACAUGACCACUGCGCCUUUGUGCAAGGGUAUCAUCUUUGCCGCCGCGGAAGAGCAUUGGUGGCGCUGUGGCAGUGGAUUCGCAGAUUGUGACUCCUGGUUCACCACCAAGUUUGCUGUCCAGAACAUCUACGAGGCGGAGCUUGCGGACUUGAUCGUAGAUGGCCUGUCCGUCCUCUUUGGCCUCGUCCUGCUAUGCUGCCGAUACACGGACAAAGACAACCGCCGCCUCGUGUACGUCCCCCUGGCAAUGACAGUGGGCUUCAUGGCUGACAUCGUGCUCGAAGCCCGGGUGGUAUUCUCUGCCAUGGCGGCUACGGGUGUGCUUGAAAACUACAAGGCGUCCUUUUGCUUCAGCAUUGGAGACGGAUAUGCUACCAUCGUGAAGCUCGAAGAUAUGUUGGGCACGAUUUCGACCCUUGCCACGGUCAACAUUUUGGUUGCCUGCGUCGGAGGCUUUGUCGAGGUCUUCGAUGUGUGCCGGGAGGCUCGAGGCAAGGGCCCUGCCGGCUGGCCUUUCUUCGUGACGAACAUGGCCGCUUUGUGUGAGCUGAUCUUGGGAGUGGGCAGCUUCGCCAUGAACACCGUGCAGUUCCGAGGGGAGCUGGAGGCCAUCGAGGACGCUGCGCUCAACCUCCAGCAGCUGGAGGAGGGCCACCUGUGCUACCACCUCAAUGAGCUCAUGCCACGGCCCGAGGCUGUUGGCAUGAGGAUGCUGGAGCCACUGUGGAUUGCCAUCCCCGGCGGGCUCGUCAUAGUGUGCUUCUUCCUGGCCUGCUGCUUUUCGGCGUUGUGUGGGCCAGGGCCACGCUCCAAAGAGCGGCCUCGCACGUCGGAGUGA